UUCCUGUUCCAGCUGAAUGAAGAGGCUGCACUCAGUGCCUCACCCUCCCACAGAGACUCCCACAUCCUGUUUCCAGCAGGCUGGGAUGUGUGGUGCAUGAGCCCCCACUGGUGUCAAUAUGGCGGCUGCGCAGACUGAGGUGGAACGAGCCAUUGUGACGGUGGUGAAGUGUUUCUUUGAUCAUGCAUGCGAGGAGGGCAAGAAAGAGACUCUGAGUGUGGGGGAAUUCAGCAAGCUGGUCUCCACAGAGCUCCCACACCUGAUGAAGGAAGUGUCCAUAGAGGAGAAGAUGAAAGAACUAGACAUCAACCAGGAUAAUGAGUUGAAGUUUAAUGAGUAUUGGAGGCUAAUUGGAGAGAUGGCCAAGGGAGUUAAGAAAGAGGUCAAGGCCAAGAAGAAGUGACCCCGCCGUGGCCCAAAGAGGUCGACACAUGACUCUCACUGUGGCCCUAAGAGGGCGACACAAUUCAUUUGGAAGAAAGUGAUGUAAUAAUAAAGAGCCACCUCUUGUGCCUGA